CUCGCCAGGCUGGCUGGCUGGCUGGCUAGCGUUUGGCGGUGUGGUGUGGUGUGUGCGGUCGGACUGUGGUUGUGUUUCAGGUCUGGUCGUGUUGAUAACGACACACUUUGGACGCAUUUCAUCUUGGAGAGAUGGGAAUUUUGGAGAAAUGUCUCUAAAAGAAAUUGCCCUAACACUGCUCGCCCUGUUCGGGUUAGUGGCAGUCGGUAAUGCUCUACGUUGUAACUGCACGAACUGUGAGAAGACCAGCUAUGAGUGUGAAACGGAUGGCGCCUGCAUGGCCUCCACAUACUUCAACCAGGGGAAAGAGCAACACGUACGCAUUUGCAUCGACCGGGACAACCUGGUCCCCCCUGGACAACCUUUCUACUGUCUGAGUGCGGAAGGCCUGCUCAACACACAUUGCUGCUAUGUAGAUUACUGUAACAGUAUUGAAGUCCCUGUCCCAACAAAAGAGGGGGACUGGUCAGUCUCAUCAAGCUCCUGGGGGCCGGUGGAGCUGGUGGCGGUCAUCGCAGGGCCGGUGUUCCUUCUCUGUGUGCUGCUUAUGGUCGGCGUGUUCCUGUUCCAGUAUCACCAGAGGGCCUAUAGCCACAGGCAGAGGCUGGAGGUAGAGGACCCAUCAUGUGACCAUCUGUACUUGGCCAAGGACAAGACCCUGCAGGACCUCAUCUAUGACAUGUCCACCUCCGGAUCAGGCUCUGGUUUGCCCCUGUUUGUGCAGCGGACGGUGGCUAGGACCAUCGUGCUGCAGGAGAUAAUAGGAAAGGGUCGUUUUGGUGAGGUGUGGAGAGGGAAGUGGAGGGGAGGAGAUGUGGCGGUGAAGAUCUUCUCAUCCAGAGAGGAGCGCUCCUGGUUCAGAGAGGCUGAGAUCUACCAGACAAUCAUGCUGCGGCACGAAAACAUCCUGGGAUUCAUUGCAGCAGACAAUAAAGGUGAGGAAGAUUGUGGGCUGUCUGGAAACCACCCAUGUAAUAAGAAAGUAACCGUAAAAAUAAGUCCUACUGUACAUGUAAAUUGCACAUUCUUUUUUUGUGUGUGCUUUCUUUCAGACAAUGGAACAUGGACUCAGCUGUGGCUGGUGUCAGACUAUCAUGAGCACGGCUCUCUUUUUGACUACCUGAACCGCUACUCUGUCACCAUCGAGGGCAUGAUCAAACUGGCACUGUCAGCUGCCAGCGGCCUAGCACACCUACACAUGGAGAUCCUCGGCACUCAGGGUAAGCCUGGCAUUGCUCACCGUGACCUCAAGUCUAAAAAUAUCCUGGUUAAGAAGAACGGCAUGUGUGCCAUAGCUGACCUCGGCCUGGCAGUCCGCCACGAGUCAAUCACAGACACAAUCGAUAUAGCACCGAACCAGCGCGUGGGCACAAAGAGGUACAUGGCUCCAGAAGUCCUGGACGAAACCAUCAACAUGAAACACUUUGAUUCCUUCAAGUGUGCUGACAUCUACGCGCUGGGCCUGGUGUACUGGGAGAUUGCACGCCGCUGCAACGCAGGAGGUAUCCACGAGGAGUACCAGCUGCCCUACUACGACCUCGUGCCCUCUGACCCCGCCAUAGAAGAGAUGAGGAAGGUGGUGUGUGACCAGAAACUGAGGCCCAAUGUGCCCAACUGGUGGCAGAGCUACGAGUCACUGCGUGUGAUGGGGAAGAUCAUGAGGGAGUGCUGGUAUGCCAACGGAGCAGCCAGACUGACCGCACUGCGCAUCAAGAAGACCCUGUCUCAGCUCAGCGUGGAGGAGGACGUCAAGAUGUGAGCGGCGAAAAGGUGUGCUGGAGACGCACAACCAGACCUCCACCCUCAUAGGAAACAAACACUAAAGACAGACUGCAAAUGAAAACCCUGCCAGUUUUAAAGCCACACUCCAAGUUGUGACGAGGCCUACCUCACCUUUUUAGCCAAAACUACUGAGAAUCACCCGUCCCCUCUUGACUUUUCUCUCGCCCCGCCUCCCUUUCCUCGUGUGUCUCCGCCCCCCUGUUCCCAUUCAACCUCCCCUUCACCAUGGGCCGCAACACUACAGCACUACCACUGUUAAUAUCCCACUCAACCUUUUUCUGUUUUCAUUUCCCAUGGCAGGAAUUAUUACUAUUGUACAGUGACAGGAUUUUAAUUUUUACCUCUCUGAAGUGUGUGUGUGUGUGUGUGUGUGUGUGUGUGUGUGUGUGUGUGUGUGUGUGUGU